AUGGGAGUUCACCCAACACUAAAACAACUACUACCUUAUGGCAUCUAUAAGAUGAAAAAGGCUUCGGAAGGUAAUCCUGAAGAAAAAUCUGGAGCCGGAGCCCCUAAGCCAAUCGUUUUGGUUUCCACUCCAGGGAGAUUUUUACCCGGGUGGAAGCAGAACCUCAGUGUGUACUCCCAGUGCCGUGUGACCUUGCCCUGCAACUUCCAAUUCCACCGCUUCCCCUUCGGCUCCCACGUGUGUAACGGGACCUUCUACUUCCUCAAGGCUUCCAUCGAGAUGUUGUGGAGGAGGAAAGCUACAGUGGACGACGCUGAAUAUAAUGGCGAUACAAACCUCCUCGAUUUCCGUCUCAUCAACAUCACAAGCGAAACCGCCUUCACUCCAAUAUCGAAUGGCAGGGAAGUGACUUUCCUGGUCCUCAGCCUCCACCUGCAGAGCCUGUUCGAGUACCACCUGUUGAACAGCUUCAGCCCGAGUGCCCUCAUGUUUAUCAUCUGCUAUGCCACGCUCUUCAUCCCCAUCAGCGACUUCAACGAGAGGAUCAUGGUGUCCCUCACCGCCAUGCUGGUGCUGGCGGCGCUCUUCUCGCAAGCCACCGACUCCUACGUGAGGACGCCCUACUUUAAGCUCAUAGACAUCUGGUACGCCGUCAUCAUCGCCCUCUGCUUCGUCCUCGUCCUCGUCAACGUGGGCGUGAAUCGCGUCCGGCUUCAUGGCUGCACUCAGCGACUUAGUACUGAGAGUGAGUGUGAAAACCUGAAAAUUGCACGGAAAGGGAGAGACUCACGUCAGGUUCUUGAGCCACCCCCGACUGCCACACGCAUAAUGCUAAAACUGCAUAACGAUAUUAAGCCUAUUCCUAAAACAGCCAUACAGAUCCGUAAUCUCCGUAUAGAAUUAUCAUGA